UAUGUAAUCAAGACCCCUUUGGUAAAAAAACAACUUAUACGUCAUUUUUCUGCUGUCAAGGUCUAUAGAAAAGUUGUCAAAGUGUUUUAAUGUGAUUCGAAAAAAAUCUCUCAGAGAAAUUUAAUAGUAAACGUUCCCAAAUUAAGACAAUCAAGAAAUGUAUCGAAAAAUGGUCGGCCCACUGUUUUAAGCAGGAAAUUAAUGUAUUUCGGUUUUUGUUAAGACAGUAGACAGAUAUACCAAGUUUUUUUAGAGAAUAAAAAAGAUGCCAGCAAGGCGUGAAGAUAUGCCGACGUUUGCAGAUCUUCAUCGCAACGAAGCGCUAGAAAUUUUUGCUACUAAUUUAUCGAUGAUAUGGAAAAGAGAAAUAUCUGAAACGUCCACGGCAUCUGGUCAAUCGCCCAAUAACUACAACAAUUACAGGAAACUGGUAAACGACAACCUGUUAAAAUUGAACAGCAACAUCAGCGACAUGUUGACUGAAAGCUUCAAGGGCAUCGAUUCGAUUUGCAGUAAAGUCAGGGAAUGCAUUUCAGACUUUAAUACGCCGGAAAUUUUAGAGGCGGCUGCCAUACAGCCAAUACCGAAUCAUCCAGAAAGCUUCGCCGAUGACAAAGACACUCAACAAAUGAUAGAAAAGCAAAAGCAGGAGCAACUGAAAUAUGCCGAAUUGACGAAAAGGUACGAGGGAUACAGGCAAAGGCUCCGCGCUGAAGGAGGUUUACCACCGGAACUAGACGCAAAUUUAUUUAACAAGAAGGAUGAGGUCAGAAUGGUGCAAGAGGUACCUAUGGUUGAAAAUGAAAAUACGAUUAUUAUGGAAGGGAUUCCUAAACAAAAUGAAUCUGGAUGCGAGUUAGAAAGUGGUGCUUUAUUAGUAAAAUCAAACGUAGCUCAGGAAGACGAAGAAUUAGAACAGAAUGCAGAAAUCAACACGUCUAAAACAGACGAAAAAAAUACUGAUGCACUGAAGCCUGACAAUCUUAGCGAAAUUGCCGAAUUGUCGAUAACAGAAAACGUAAACAUUGUAGAACCAAAAAUCCAAAAACUCAAAAGAUCUAUAUCGAAAAGUAAACUGGAGAGACCCAAGAAACGUUUACGCAGAAGGUCUUUGGAGGAGUACACUCAAGCUGUCAAAAAAGAGGUCGAUAAUGCAGAUUUUGAAUCGCUCCAAGUAAUCAUUCAAAAUUUGACAGAACGGAUCGAUAUGCUAAGCACGGAGACGUUGAACGAAAAGUGCGAGAAAAUAAAUAAACCAGAAGAAUCCAAGGAGGAAGAUUAUCCUGAGGAUCCUCUUAAAAGAUGUACUUUUGCUUUCUCCAAAUCAAACGAAAGAGAAACAAUAGACGAUCUAUUUGUGUCCACAACUAACAGUAUCAGAGAACUUUUGAGCGCAGCUUUGUCCAAAGCGCUCGAGGGACAACCAGUUAAACGCGGAAAGCCCAGGUUGAACCUCACAGAAGUUCACCACCGGCCGGCGUUUACCAAUCUUCAUAAAAAGCUGCUGUUGCAAGCUGAUACGAGCGAGAGUUUCCUGUCUUUGCAACGUUUAAUGGCCAAGCACAAGGUGAAGAACAGCAUAAUCGAUAGGGUGUUUUCCAAACUCAAAAUUCCGCUCUUGGUUAGCUGUUCUUCAGAGUCUCUAAAAGAAGAGGAAUCUAAAAUGUUUGAACCCCCGGAUCUAAACUUCCAAGACUCUGAAGAUGAUCAAAUAUCCGAUUUGUCUGCCAAAUACGCCGACAGUCUAUACUUUAACGAAAAAAAUAUGUUUAAAUCUUCGAAAGUCCACCUAACACCACAACCGAGUCAUAGAUCUAAAAAAUCUAUGUCGAAUUAUUCAUCUUCUGUAGUGGGUAUGGAGGGGAAUACAGAAAAGGUCAGCCCUACAGCAACAACACUAAAACUCAACGGAACGUGGCAAUCUAAAUUGAAAAAAUCCACACCCAAACUGAUCGACAGCGGCAAAUCCAGAAACAAGAAUUACUUUAAAUCGGGAUCAAGUUCGCUAAACAUGAGUUCUCCGAAGCAGAGAAGCUACAAACGAAAUUCAGAAAUGACGCCCGGGAAGAAGAGGUACGAUAAUAAGGAAAACAUUUUCGGGACUCUCGUUGAGAGAAACCAGAGCUUGUUCAGUCUACCGAACACAAAGUCUAGCGGUAGCAGCGUCAAUGUGGGUUUGAAAAGUAGAUCGACUGUAGUUAGAAGUGCUCUAAGCAAAGAGAACAUGAAUGAUCCUACAAAGACUGCGCCAUGUGAAGAUGAGGAUCUCGGGCUGACUGAAGAGGCGGCAUGUUUUUCGUGCUCUGAGAGACCAGCAUGUCAAUGUGGAGUUACGAAUAGCAGUAAUGCUAAUGAUGACAAAACCGCUGAUAAAACUAAAUACCACUGGAUGCGUCCCAGAAACGAUAUGCAGAUGCGUAUAAGGGGCCUGGACUACCUCGACAUUUUGGACGACCUCACGCACAAGGAUCUGUUACCGUUGCGUUCUGAAUACCCCAGGAAGGACUUGGUGGACGAUGAAGAGCUUGACCUCGACCAAAACAAGGAUAUCCAGGACACGUACUUAUGGAAAAUGAUGUACGGUAAAGAAAAAAACGACAACAUUUGGAGCCACUUGCUACAACCCAAAGUGGAGUGCGUCGAUAAGACUUGCCAUUUUUACGAUCACCAGGAAAAAGAUAGACGAGUGACGACGCCUGUCAGUUUGCUGGACUUGCCUGAUAAAACGUUUAGAGCGUUAAAGCAAAAGUCGAAAAGGAAAACCAUAGAGAAGCUGGCGCCAUACCUUUUCGAUCCGAAAGAGGAAAGGAACAACCAGUCGCUCAUAGUAAUGCCGGUGAGGGUGCAUUACGACAAUCCCCCAAUGCAAAUUAUCAAACAUAACAUCUCAGAGGAGCCCGAAAUAAUCCCGUGCGCUACACCUAAACCCGCUAAAAGAGUCAAAACGUCGAAAUUGGGACCGCCCAGCAUGAAGGAGGUGAAAUCGGAGAGGGCCAAGUGGGUCAGUCCAGUCAAAUCUAAGAAAAGAAUCACCAGUGUACAAUCGACUCCAAAAACUAACGUCAGGGUACACAAGGUUGACGAUAUGAAGAAAGAAAAACAUUCGGUGUCUAAAAAAGAUAUGAGCAAACCUCUCACUGCCUUCGUACCGUCGUUCGACGACCCCCAACCGGAACCCCAAAAGUUGACGCCUCAACAAACGGCUUACAAGAAAGCUAUCAUGAGGAACCUGAACCGAUUGAUGGAGAUCAAGCAAAAGGAAAAGAGAGAACAGCAAAAAAUCGCAGCCAAGGACUUGGCUCUGCAGCAGAAAUAUUUGGCUACCACAAAUUUUCCUCAUUACGCCCGGCCCACGAUUCAAAGUCAAAACUACUUCCAGAGAUCAGCGGUCGCUCAAAAUUCCGAUCAGAAAAUCGAUCCAGAGAAGAAACAUGUGGAAUCUAAUGCUACGAGCGCCAUAAAAAAAUUGGCCGACAUCAAACCAGCGGCCGACCAACGAAAAUUCUCCCCCAGAGCUGUCGACAUUGAACCCGUCUUCAGCGACACCAAAUCAGACUUCGAAAGGAAAAUGUUGUCGUACAAGUACGGAAAAAGCGUCGGUGACAAAUUGGUUUCUUUCUUGAAUCAUCAGCCGCCUUCGCCGCAUUUGGUGAUACCGCCGCCAGAUUUGCUGAUGACUCCACCACCGCCGCCGCUGUCGCCAACCGACACCUCCAAUAUUCCCAAAGUAGGCUCUGCGACGGGCGGCAAAUUUCUCCUCAAUCCGAAUUUGAUGAAGGGGGACAAUGCAAAGAAUACACCCCUGGCAACCACUAUGCAUAAACCAACUAUCAACCACAGACAGGUGCUGUUACAUUUAAGAGGGUUAAAAAAGAAGAACAGCCAAAUUCAGAACAACAUUCAGAAGACUAUUUCCGUCAUUGAGGACAAAAUGGUCGACAUUUUAAACGCCCCUGGGAAUAACACGAGUCUGGAAGCGUUCGACAUUAUGGAAAAAGAAAUUACAAAGGUUUUGAGUAUGAUGAAGUCACAGGGAGCGAACAGUGCUGCCAACAAUAGAGAUAAAGAACUUUUAUUGGAAAACAACCUUCAAGAUAUUUCGAUCGAACUGUUUAGCAAACUUGAAAAAAUCUUAGAUUCUGAACAUUCGAAAGAAGCCACCUCGGCCAGCGAAACUGACGGCAAAGUCACCGUACGAUCUAGCGGCGAGUGCAAGAAAAAGAAGUCGAGAAAGGGUGCCGACAGAUCUUCCUCCGUAACCACCUUACUCACCGAAGAAAAAUACCGAGAAUCCCAACGCAGCGCGAGGCAAAAAACAAAUAAACCAGCUCAGGCCCAAUCGGAAACCAAACUCAAAACUCAAAACUACAUGCCGGCUGAAAAAGAAAGCAUCGCAACGCUCGGAAACGAACUCGCCAUGGGAGAAAACAUCAACAACGACGACGAUAUCAGCGAACACAUAUUCGACAAUAAAGAGGAUAUUGAAAGAGACCAAGGCGACCAACCCGACAAAGAAACCGUUACCAAAGCGAACGCGGAAUUCUCUGACAGCGAUCUAGACGUUAUCUGGGACUCCAACGAGCAGAUAGAGCGUUUGGACAAGCUUCUCAGGGAAUUACAGGAAGAGAACACAAACAAGAGAGACGAUAGAGACGAAGAAAACGACGAGGCGGUGCUGAAGAGACAAAACGCUACGACCCGAUUGGAAACUGUUUUGAGUGAAAGUAAAGCUGAAGCGGAAGAAGAGGAAGAUUCAGGAGAUUUGUUGGAAUCGAUAAGUUCUCGAAUUGAUGCAUUUUUGGAGUCACCGCGAUCAGAAGAAAUGCCGGUGUCUGCUCGUAUGGAAGAGUUGCCCGAGUCUGGUGACAGAGUUGGGAACGACUACUAUAAUCCCCAAAGUAAAGACUUUCCAUCUCCACGCGACCAAUGUUCGUCCACGGAUACUAAAGCCGAUAUAUCGUUGAGUACGCCUUGUAUAAACAACAUGUCAUCUUCAGAUUCAUCUCUGUCCGAAUUUCCGCAUAAGGAAGAUUCCAGCACUGUAUCUCCAAUAAACGAAACAACCAGUUCGGAUGAUGAAUUUUUGACGCCGCUCCGUACGGAACUAAACUUGACGUCACUCGACGACGACUUUUUAACCCCUCCCGAAGAUCUACUAUUAGCUCGUUUAGAAGAGGACGCUUUAUCCUCGCCCGACGAGCAAAUGUUUACACCAUCUGGGGACCAAAAGGAAGACGAACUACCGUCGCCCCUUCAGGAAGAACUUUGGACGUCUCGUGAUGAAAUGCUGUCGCCACUCACGGCCGAAAUACUGACGCACCCUUCGGAAAUGUUGACGAUACAUACGGACGAAAAAUUGACUCCACUGACUAACGAAAAGUUAACGGGACUAACAGGCGAAAAGUUGCCACUUUCAGAUGCACUGUUUGUCAUAUCUAAUGAGGAAAUGUCGCAGUCGUUGGAGGACGAAAUGUCGCCCGGAGGAGUAAUCCUGGGAUCUUUGGACGAAAUUGAAAAUAACAUUGCUCCCGAUUCCGAAGAGAGUACAAGCGAUAUUAGUGAUCAAAUGAACGAGAUCAUCAAGAAGGUGGAGGACAUUUACGCGCAACUGAACGAUUUUCAAAUGCCUGUUGACGAAAAACCGGCGAUACCUGUAUUCUCGGACGAAAAGAACGUUCUUCAAGUACCCAGCGAAGAGUUCCUGACGCCCUUCAUGCACGCCGUGCGAGACACUCGCUCUAGACUGUCGGGAGAUAUCCCUAGCGCGCCCGCGGAUUCUCUGGAGUCCAGCCCCUCCUUCUGCAACAUCCUCAAUUUUUUAGACACGCUCAACGACAUCGACGCGGAAAAGGCCCAAGAGGUACAUACCACCCAGUUAUAUAACAGCGCCUAUUCUUAUUACACGCCUGGCGUGCUUCAUCAAGCCAACGAACAUAGCGAAACAGACAUGCACAGCUGUCUGAAAACGCGUGACGAUUUCAAACGUAAGAAAAAGGUCUCUUUUUCAGUGACUGAGGACGAAUUAUCGCAAGCCUCGCUUCAAGAACAUCUAUCUAAAUCUCUUAGUAACGUAAUCCACCUGGAAGUCGACUGCGUAAGUAUUGAAGAUCGUUCCGCCGAGGAGAUUCAACCUGACGACAGUUCGGAAUAUUCUUUCGCAUCCGCCGACGCCGUAUCUUCAACUGAAUCUCCGCGGACAGUGAUACCUUCAAAGGACCAUUUAGAACCACCGGCUACAAGCGUCCUAGCAAACGGUAGUUAUGGGAAGCAAAUCUCGUUGUUUAAAAAUCACACAACCAAAACAGAACCAAAGAUUGGACUAAUUGGAGAAUAUUCUAGUACGACGGAGCUGUUAAAAUUGGUACCAUCCAAAGAGGUAUUACUUAAUUUCGAGUACACCCCCUCGUUCUGCAAUUUAAUCAACUUUUUCGAUACUCUCAACGAGAUGGACGCAGAAACUGCACACGAGAUCCAUACAGCUCGGUUAUAUCAAACCGCGUAUGCGUACAGCAUUCCAAGUAUCUUGCACCAAGCUACAAUAGAAUACCCUAUAGAAUACAGUGUAACAACAGACAAGCAUAGCUGUUUAAGAAACUCCAACGAUGCCAAACAAAAGAAGAAAGUCUCCUUUUACGAGGUCAAAGAGGACGUAAGUGCUCAAUCAUCAUUUCAUAUGAUUAAACGCACUAAAACGUCCAUCGAACAACUGCCUCGACUUGAAAACAGUAAAACAAGCUCUCUCGCUGGUAGCAAAGAACAUCUGGAACAGCCGACGAAAUCAGAUUCAGGAAGCAAAGUAGUUCAAAACGUCACAUUUGACAGUUCCAAUGACAGUUCGGAAAAGGAAGAUUCCUACACGUUUGGCGACACGACGCCACCUUCAGAGACCGUCAGAAAUACUUCUGAAAUAUCGAUAGUUGAAGAAAAUAAUGACAAUAAUUGUAGUAGCACCAACAUAAUGAUAACAAACCGACGAACUGUCGAUACACCCAGUAUUACGGUGAUCAGAGAGUAUUCAAAUGGGGCCGAUUGGUCGGGAGGGCCGAAAAAAUUUAAUUCGCCUACAUAUGCGCAGUUGGUGCCGUCCAAGGAGAUGUUGAUGAACUUCAAAGACAACAACGUUGUGUUCUUGAAGUCAUUCUACGCCUUCAUGUAUCUGCUGGUCUUCACGGCACUGAAUAUGGAGUACAAAUGUUAUUGAGUUGGACAUUUUUUUUAAAUGUGUGUUAGAAAAUUAAGGAAUCAUUCGUGUGAUUUUUUACUAAGAAUGGUUAAAGGUAUCCAUUAUUGUGUGUGUAUCAAGUUUUUUGUAACUAUAUUGGCAAGUAAAACAUUUUUCCGCCAUUGUCUUUUUUUUUUGUUGAAGAG